AUGCGUGAGAUUGUUCACCUCCAAACCGGCCAGUGUGGCAACCAAAUAGGUGCUGCUUUCUGGCAGACUAUCUCCGGCGAGCACGGUCUCGACGGCUCUGGUGUCUACAAUGGCUCCUCCGACCUCCAGUUGGAGCGUAUGAACGUCUACUUCAACGAGGCCUCCAACAACAAAUAUGUCCCCCGUGCCGUCCUCGUCGACCUUGAGCCCGGUACCAUGGACGCCGUCCGUGCCGGUCCCUUCGGCCAGCUCUUCCGUCCCGAUAACUUCGUUUUCGGUCAGUCCGGUGCCGGUAACAACUGGGCCAAGGGUCACUACACUGAGGGUGCUGAGCUCGUUGACAAUGUUGUCGACGUUGUCCGUCGUGAGGCUGAGGCCUGUGACUGCCUCCAGGGUUUCCAGAUCACUCACUCCCUCGGUGGUGGUACCGGUGCCGGUAUGGGUACCCUCCUGAUCUCCAAGAUCCGUGAGGAGUUCCCCGACCGUAUGAUGGCCACCUUCUCCGUCGUUCCUUCCCCCAAGGUCUCCGACACCGUUGUCGAGCCUUACAACGCUACCCUCUCCGUCCACCAGCUUGUUGAGCACUCGGACGAGACCUUCUGUAUUGACAACGAGGCUCUGUACGACAUUUGCAUGCGUACCCUCAAGCUCUCCAACCCCUCGUACGGUGACCUGAACCACCUGGUCUCCGCCGUCAUGUCCGGCGUCACCACCUGUCUCCGUUUCCCUGGUCAGCUCAACUCGGACCUCCGCAAGUUGGCCGUCAACAUGGUUCCCUUCCCUCGUCUCCACUUCUUCAUGGUUGGCUUCGCUCCCCUCACCAGCCGCAGCAGCCACGGCUUCCGCGCCGUCACCGUCCCCGAGUUGACCCAGCAGAUGUUCGACCCCAAGAACAUGAUGGCCGCCUCGGACUUCCGCAACGGCCGCUACCUUACCUGUUCGGCCAUCUUCCGCGGUAAGGUCUCCAUGAAGGAGGUCGAGGACCAGAUGCGCAACGUCCAGAACAAGAACCAGACCUACUUCGUCGAGUGGAUUCCCAACAAUGUCCAGACCGCUCUUUGCUCGAUUCCUCCCCGCAACCUCAAGAUGUCGUCCACCUUUGUCGGUAACUCGACCUCGAUCCAGGAGCUCUUCAAGCGUGUCGGUGACCAGUUCACUGCCAUGUUCCGCCGCAAGGCUUUCUUGCAUUGGUACACUGGUGAGGGUAUGGAUGAGAUGGAGUUCACUGAGGCUGAGAGCAACAUGAACGACCUUGUCUCUGAGUACCAGCAGUACCAGGACGCCUCCAUCUCCGAGGGUGAGGAGGAUUACGCUGAGGAGGAGCCUCUCGAGGGUGAGGAGUAA